AUGCGGACGCUGACAUGGGUCUUGUUCUUGCCUCUGUGCCUCUCCUGCGGCUGUGCCUUCAUGUUCACGUCUCUGAGAGAGAAAGCCAAGGAACCCCAGGGCAAGGUGCCUUGCGGAGGGCACUUCCGGAUCAGGCAGAAUCUCCCAGAGCACGCCCAAGGCUGGCUUGGGAGAAAAUGGCUCUGGCUUUUUUUUGUCGUCGUGCUGUAUGUGAUACUAAAGUUUCGAGGGGAUCGCGAGAAGACUAAGGAGCAGAAUCCUUCUGGGCUUCGAGGCUGCUCAUUUCGCUCUCCGCUGAAGAAGACUCAAAAUACUUCCCCCAGCAAAGACUAUGCGUUCAAUACCUUAACCCAGCUCGAGGUGGACCUUGUGAAAUUUGUGUCCAAGGUGCGCAACCUGAAAGUCGCCAUGGCAGCUGGAGGUAACUCCAAGCUUCAGAACCUGGAGGCGCCUGUGGACCCUCACAAUAACAUCACCAUCUAUGAGAUAUGGGGGGAAGAAGACUCUGAAUGA